CAGAAAGCCCGUGCCUGAACUUACCGUCCUUGAAUAAGACUCGAGAUAUGCGCUCUGACGGUUCAGUUGAAGCUUGAUUUACCGAGCAUCAAGUCGCUACAUUUUCUAGUUCUCCCUUUUUCUUGGAUUUCACGAUGGCAGUUCGUCUUGGAUACUGGAACAUUAGAGCGUAUGCUCAGCCGAUUCGACUUUUGCUGGCCUAUACCGGCACGGAAGUAGAAGAGAAACGCUACAACUUUAUUGGACCAGAAUGGGAUCGUAGCGAAUGGCUUAACGAAAAGUUUUCUCAUGGGCUUGAUUUCCCAAAUCUUCCUUACUAUAUCGACGGAGAUGUCAAAUUGUCACAAACCUUUGCCAUCUUGAAAUACUUGGGUCGUAAACAUGGAUUGAACGCUCAAAAUGAAGCUGAGCAAAUCCGGAUCGAUUUGGUGGAAGCUGAGGCACUUGAUAUGCGUUCACGAUGGGUUGCCCUUUGCUACGGUGCAGAUUUCGAAGCAAACAAACCGGAAUAUUUAAAGAAUCUUGCCUUGAAAUUGAAAGAAGUGUCGGACUAUUUGGGUACUCACAAUUACUUUGCUGGCGAUCACAUCACGUACAUUGACUUCUUGAUGUACGAAUUGCUCGACCAAAACAGUCAUUUGGAACCAAUUGCUUUGGACGAGUUUCCCAAUUUAAAAGCAUUUCACGCUCGUAUUCAAGGACUUGACCAAAUUGCGGCUUACAUGAAAUCCGAUAAGUUUCUUGCCCGUCCACUUAACGGCCCUAUGGCAUUCUUCGCCGGUAAUUGAUUUAAAAUUACAGAUACACACUAUUAAUUCGUGGUUACGUUGUUGUUGACAUAUAAA